AUGGAGGCGGCUGGGGCGCGGAGCAGGGACGCGCGGGGUCGAGCGGAGAAGAGCCCGCCCGAGAGGAAAGUGUAUAUGGACUAUAAUGCAACCACCCCCCUGGAGCCAGAAGUGAUUGAGGCCAUGACAGAGGCCAUGCGGGAAGCCUGGGGAAAUCCCAGUAGCUCUUACCCAGCAGGUAGGAAGGCCAAGGAGAUUAUCAACACAGCCCGGGAGAACCUCGCCAAGAUGAUAGGUGGGCAGCCUCAGGAUGUGAUCUUCACUUCAGGGGGCACUGAGUCAAAUAAUUUAGUAAUCCAGUCCAUGGUGAAGCACUUCCACAAAGUCCACACCGCCAACGGGGACACGGGCGGGCAUCCCAGCCCAGUGGACAGGGCCCUGCCCCACAUCAUCACCUGCACCGUGGAGCACGACUCCAUCCGCCUGCCGCUGGAGCACCUGGGGGAGGAGCGCGUGGCCGAGGUCACCUUUGUCCACGUGUCCAAGGUGAACGGGCAGGUGGAGGCUGAGGACAUCCUGGCGGCCGUUCGCCCGGCCACGUGCCUGGUGACAAUCAUGCUGGCCAACAAUGAGACAGGCGUCGUCAUGCCCGUGCCUGAGAUCAGCCGGCGAGUCCGAGCCCUGAACCAGAAGCGGGCAGCGGGGGGGCUGCCGGGGGUGCUCGUGCACACGGAUGCCGCCCAGGCCUUGGGGAAGCGGCGCGUGGACGUGCGGGACCUGGGCGUGGACUUCCUGACCAUCGUGGGGCACAAGUUCUACGGCCCCAGGAUUGGCGCGCUCUACGUCCGAGGGCUCGGUGAGCACACCCCUCUGUACCCGAUGCUGUUUGGAGGCGGACAAGAGAGGAACUUCAGGCCAGGGACAGAGAACACCCCGAUGAUUGCUGGCCUUGGGAAGGCAGCCGAGCUGGUGGCAGAGAACUGCGAGGCCUAUGAGGCCCACAUGCAGGGUGUGCGCGACUACCUGGAGGAGAGGCUGGUGGCUGAAUUUGGUAAGAGAAUGCAUCUGAACAGCCAGUUUCCAGGCGCCGAGCGGCUCCCCAACACCUGUAACUUCUCCAUCCGGGGACCCCAGCUCCAAGGCCGCGCGGUGCUGGCGCAGUGCCGGAUGCUGCUGGCCAGCGUGGGGGCCGCCUGCCACUCGGACCUCGGGGACCGGCCGUCCCCGGUGCUGCUGAGCUGCGGCGUCCCCUUCGACGUGGCCAGGAACGCCAUCCGGCUGAGCGUGGGCCGCAGCAGCACCCGGGCCGAGGUGGACCUCGUCGUGCAGGACCUGAAGCAGGCAGUGACCCGGCUGGAGGGCCAGGCCUAG